AUGCGUUGUUCGGCUCUGAUCUCGGCCGUUCUUCUCGGUAUAGCGAGCUCUUCCACCAUCCCCUUCCUUGGAUAUGACCGAAGAGUAGCGCGUGACUACUUCGACAAACGUACCGAUAAUGGAUCGGCAUACUCUUGCUUGACCGAGGCUGCUACUACAUUAGUAGCACCUAAGACCAAUCCAUGGGCUCCUUUGACACCAGAUGAGAAUCUCGCCGUCUGGACAAUGCUUCAUUCGCCAACCUCCGGUCUUAAUCUUACUGACCCCACAAAAGCUGUGCUUACGGACAACUACGUAUUUUGGCUUGAUGCAUUGCACACUAACAAGAGCGAGGUGCUGAAGUACAUGGAUGAGGGUGCAGCAAUGCCCGCAAAGUACGCCCGAGCCAUCAUCUUUCAAGGCGGCAAAGCUGAGCCAGAUUCUCAAGAGUACAUGAUUGGCCCCCUCCCUGUAUCUGCAGAGACCACCAUCGAGAAGCUGGAUUACAUCUACAACGGCGGUUCCGGUGGUUCCGUGCCGUACAACGCCAGAUACUUCGACGGCCCAAGGACGACGGCGACCGAGCCGCUCAUCGUAUCCAUCAUGUCGAACAUCUCAGACAUAACGGCAGCUCUCUUCCAAGGAGGUGUUUACUUCGGAUCGGCCGACAAAAGAACCAAUCUUUCCUCAACGACUGGCACGCCUAUCUCUUUCGAUGGCUCUAGCGCUUUUCGCAACAUCAUGUUCCGCUUUCCAGGUCCAGCAACUUACAUGACACCGCUAGACUUUUAUCUCCUAAUCGACUGUAGCGGCACUGAUCCUUCUCUCUACUCACUGAAAGGAUUCGUCACAAAUGAAAAGUUUUACCCUACCAUCGCAGACCUACGAAGUGCAUUCGAAUCAGGCGAUCUUGCUAUGGAUUGGGCACUAGUCGACUACAAGCCCGAGCUAGGCGUGCGGGAUCUGGAGGAGCGGCUCGCGCCAAGCACUCUCGAAAUUGGAGGAAAGCGAUACAAGCUUGACAAAGAGAACCAGUAUGUCGAAUAUAUGGGUUGGUCAUUUUACAUGUCGUUCUCGAGGACGCUUGGUAUCAUGUUCUAUGACAUCAAGUUCAAAGGUGAACGUAUUCUUUACGAAUUGUCGAUGCAAGAGGCUACCGCGCAAUACGGUGGCAACCAACCGAAGGCUGCUAAUACAGUAUACCACGAUACCUACUACCAGCUUGGUACUGAGAUGGGCAGCUUGGUAGAAGGCUUCGAUUGCCCAUGGGGAUCGACAUUCUGGAAUAUCACUUACCCAUCUUACAACAAAACGGCAGUCAACAAAAACGCAAUCUGCAUCUUCGAGACCGACAUGAACUUCCCGCUCUCCCGUCAUCGCACGGGCGCAUCCAACGAAUACGGUUUCAGCAAUCUUGGCAGCGUCAAGGGCGCUGGACUAAUUGUCCGCGCAAUCGCCACAGUUGGCAACUAUGACUACAUGUUUGACUACUCCUUCCACAUGGACGGCUCGCUAGAAGUCAUUGUACGAGCAUCCGGAUAUCUUCAAUCUAGCUUCUACUAUCCGGCGCAAGCGAAAUUCGGGCCGAGAAUUCAACAGGCCACCCAAGGCUCACUUCACGAUCAUAUUGUGACGUACAAGGCAGACUUCGACAUAGUCGGUGCCGCCAACUCGCUUCAAGUUUCAGAGUUGGUAGUUGUUAACCAAACCCAACCUUGGUUCCCUGAACUUGGUGAAUUUGAACAGAUGGAGCUGAACAUUACGUACAUGGCCGAAGAGCAGCAGUUUAACUGGGCACCCAACAACCAGGCUAUGUACGUCGUGUUGAACCCGAACGCUACCAAUGCCUGGGGUGAGAAACGCGGCUAUCGUCUCGUACCCGGCCGUUCCGAUAUUCACCUCUCAACCCUCAAUUCUCCAUGGUCACGCAAGAACUCCGAAUUCGCCAAAUCACAUCUAGCCGUUACGAGACAGCACGACAACGAGCCAUUUGCCAACAGUGUUCAGAACAUCAAUCUCCCCUUCACGCCGCAGCAAGACUUCAGCAAGUUCUUUGACGGCGAAUCAAUCGAAGGUGAAGAUCUUGUCGUUUGGUUCAAUCUUGGCAUGCAUCACUACACCAGGAGCGAAGACGUACCUGUGACCUUGUACACAGAGGCUUAUUCCAGUAUUGUAUUCGCUCCGCAAAACUUCUUCGACAGGGCACAGGAUGGCGAUCUACUGAAUCGCAGGUGGAUCGAGGUCGACAAGGAGGGAAACAUGACAUUUGAGACGUAUGGAGUGGGGCUGGAUGUUUGCCCAAUCGUUUUGAACGAGCCUGUAGCACUGCUAGGUGGUGCUGGUGAGCUGUAA